CUCAUGCCUCUUGACAUACUGUAACACUCUGGGUGGGUCUGUGGAACUUUGCUCUGUUCCAAAGCUGCUUAUGCUACUGUGAUUAUGUGUGUGUGUGUGUGUGUGAGGAGAGGGAGAGAGAGAGAGAGACAGUCCACACAGAUACGGCUACAGGAAGCACUAGCACUAGUUACAAAGUUUGAAAGCUGUUGACUCUGCCAUCUCUUGGAUCCCUCCGAAUUGAAAACCUACUGCACACAAUGCCGUCUUUUGAUGAGGUUUUAAAAGAAGCUGGGGAAUUUGGAAGGUUCCAAAAGAGGGUCUUUUUCCUCCUUUGCCAGACAGGCAUAACUUUUUCUUUUCUAUUUGUUGGAGUGGUAUUUCUUGGGCACGCACCAGAGCACUAUUGGUGCAGGAUCCCUGGUGCAGCUGAAUUAAGUGAGAGAUGUGGCUGGACCCUUGAAGAGGAACAAAACUAUACUGUGCCGGCUCUGAACCUGGUGAACAGGUUUUCCAGUGGCCAGUGUGAGAGAUUUGACAUAGAGUGGAAUAACACCUCUGUGAGCUGUGCCAACCCACUGUCCCACUUUACUAAUCGCAGUUUGGACAAUGUGCCGCUUACUUCAUGCCAGGAUGGCUGGGUAUACAAACAACCCCACUCAACGAUCGUCAGUGAGUAUAACCUUUUGUGUGCCAAUGCCUGGAUGCUAGAUCUAACACAAGCUGUUCUCAAUCUGGGGUUUCUGACAGGAGCAUUCACUCUAGGCUAUGCUGCAGACAGAUAUGGCAGAAUCCGUAUUUACCUCUACUCCUGCCUCGGGGUAGGGUUAUGUGGCCUCGUUGUGGCAUUUGCACCAAAUUUUUCCAUAUUUUUGAUCUUUCGCUUCCUACAAGGUGUAUUUGGAAAGGGAACCUGGAUGACAGCUUAUGUUAUUGUGACAGAAAUAGUUGGCUCAGAUCAGCGAAGGAUUGUUGGAAUUGUGAUACAGAUGUUCUUCACCCUUGGAAUAAUGAUUCUUCCUGGGAUUGCUUACCUGAUUCCCACAUGGCAGGGGAUUCAGCUGGCCAUAACACUCCCCAAUUUUCUUUUCCUGCUGUAUUACUGGGCAGUUCCUGAAUCUCCACGCUGGCUACUGACACGCAAAAAAGGAGAAAAGGCAUUAAACAUUAUGCACACCAUUGCCAAGCACAAUGGAAAAUAUCUCUCACCGCAUUACUCUGAGAUCACAGUUACAGAUGAAGAGGUUAGUAAUCCAUCAUUUCUUGAUCUGGUUAGAACUCCCCAUAUGAGAAAAUACACAUUGAUUCUAAUGUAUGCCUGGUUUACAAGUGCCCUGGUUUACCAAGGGCUUGUCAUGCGCCUAGGAAUUAUAGGAGGAAACCUCUACCUAGACUUUUUCAUCUCCGGAGCUGUGGAAUUGCCUGCAGCUCUCUUGAUUUUACUGACAAUCGACCGAAUUGGCCGACGCCUUCCAUUUGCCAUAAGCAACAUAGUGGCAGGAGUGGCAUGCUUAAUUACUGCAUUCUUACCAGAAGAUAUCCUGUGGUUGAAAACCUCAGUAGCCACCCUGGGAAGACUGGGAAUCACCAUGGCUUUUGAAAUUGUGUAUCUUGUGAACAGUGAAUUGUAUCCUACAACAUUAAGAAACUUUGGUGUUUCCCUGUGUUCAAGUUUGUGUGACCUAGGAGGUAUCAUAGCCCCAUUUCUUCUCUUCCGAUUAGCAGCCAUCUGGAUGGAGCUACCUUUAAUCAUCUUUAGUAUACUUGCAGUUAUUUGUGGGAUCUUAGUGCUGUUUUUACCUGAGACAAAGGGAAUUUCCUUACCAGAGACAGUGGAGGAUGUGGAACAGCUUUCCAGUCUCCAAAGUAAAAGUGGCAGGAAAAAGAAGCAUCAAGAUACCUCCUAUAUAUGAUCUUUCACUAAAAGCACUGAGCAAAACGUUUCUGUUCUCACACUGGGAAUUUGGUUUCCUCCUGAUAACUGCUUUAAAGUCCUCUGGAUUGAGCUGUAUCACAAAAGACACCUCCAAGUACUUCUUUAAAGAAUGAAGAUGUUCUAAAGAAGUGUUGUAUUUUUAUAUAGCUACAGAAUAAAUACAUAUUUUCUGAGUCCAUUGUUUCCAGGAAGGGGCGUGUUGUGGUUCUUGUUAGAGAAUACCCACUGAAAUCAGCUGCUUUGCCUGGCCCAGUAAGCUCUUACUUAUUUGUAUAUGUUUGAGUCAUUUGUUCAUCCUUGAUAUUACAAUAAUUUGGGGGAAACUGUGGUUUAAAAUGGUGAUGGUUUGGGGGAAGCAGAAUUGGAGUAGUUUUGUGCCCCACCGAGCGAUAAAGCCUCUGAAAAAUCAGAAAAGCGAACGAGGAAUUGCUUAGGGAACCAGGGAACUGAUGACAUUGAGGAUGGAGAGAGUGGGGCCUCGUUUCUAAUGUGUAGGUGUCAACAGGAUAUUCUUAAUAUUUGGGAUGGAUUGGUAUUGCAGAGUUGGUGAAGGGACUAUAGGAUAGAGUUGCUAAAUUUAGCAGGCACUGCAUUGUGGUUGAACAGUUAAUGCCAAAAGCCUGGCAUGGAGGAGCAAUUAUAUGUAAGAUGAGGUUUCAAGAAACCAUAGGGGGAAAUAACCAAUAUACAAGGUGCUUCCUUCAUUACUGCAACUUGGUGAGCUAUAUACAGUACAUCAACACUUCCUAACUCUUCCCAGCCCAUUCCACCCAACUGCCAUGUCUGCUUAAGGAAAAUAGGAACCAUGCUAGCAAUAAAAUGCAUGCAUGCUUGGAACAGGAAACAGAAGGAGAGUCCAUGGAGAAGACCAGCAGAAGUACUUUUCAAUCAGAAUUUCCCCUGACAUGUAGUCAAAUGACAAUAAGACACAUGGCAAAACUCUGUACAGACUAAAAGGAAUGGAACCAAAUGUGCACCUCUGUUAAAAUAUCUGGUUAGAUGGUUUGUAGUGCCAAAUUAGAACACAUUGUAUUUUGAUGCUGUCCCUGAGAGACAAUUGUUCUUAUGCUACUAAGAGAUGCCAGGAUUACCUGAUCAAAUAGACAUUCUCCUUAAAUGGAUAGUGGACUUAUUUUAACCUUUCUUGUUUAUUUAAUGUUUUUCUCAAGUCUUAAUGUACCUCAAUAUAAGAACUCCCUCAGCUCUGCAGUGGUGUCUGUGGUUUGCAGAGGAAUCCGUGGGUAAUUUUAAUUAUAUUGGUUAUAAGCAGAAUUGCUUGACGUUUUCUGUGGCAGAGGGAAGUUUGUGUUGUAUUGGUCAACUGCCUGCAGUUGCACUUUGUUGUUGCUUGAUAUGUGAUUGAGAACUUAAGGCAUGAAAACUUAUUUUUCAGGACUUUCUAAUUGUACUUUGCUCAGCAUGGCAUUCAGUAUUAUCCAGAAUAAAAUGUAGACAAUGUCUGUCAGUAUUUAAAAUAACUGAAUGCCUGCAUACUCCCUGUUAGGAAUUUAAGGUCUUUUUAAGCUUACAAUUGUUUGCGUGUGGAUCAGAGAGACAAGGUGGGUGAGGUAAUUUCUUUUAUUGGACCAACUUGUGUUGGUGAGAGAGACAAGCUUCUGAGCUACACAGAGCUCUACUUCAGGUCUGGGAAACUAACUUAAAGUGUUGCUGCUAAGUAAGUCAGGCAUGUAUCUGUCGAUGCCUUCUGGCUCUUUAAUAUGAUACUAUUUUAAUAGUAACCUGGGUUAUAUUUUCAGGUUAAGUAUGUAUAUUAUACAGGAAAGAGGAAACUUGUGCUAAUGUUCACUGAUAAGCAGACGGAGAAGUAAAAUCUCAGUCCCUGUGAGAGUUCCUCCAUAUUAAUUGUAGCACGUUAUACAAUGAUCUGUUAUAAUACUCAGAAAUGCCAAAAUCCCUUUGGUGACCUUAAUUAGGUUCCAUUCUCUUUGUUUUACACAGUCUUUUGGCUUGUUUUAUUAAUAUUUUGGUAGAAGGAGAGGGAUCAGAUGGUGGAGGUACAUUGAGGUCCAAAGUGGGGAACGCCUCCCUCUCUCCACAGUGGGAAAUAGGGCUUAUAUGUAUAUGGACCAAUAAUUAUGCUGCUUAUAAAAAUAAUUCUUUUAACUGCAAAGUCACAUCUGCUUUUAAGUCUAAAUUUCAAUGAGUUAAUCAUUUCUGAGCCUUAUGGGAGAGUCCUACAAAUUUCUCUAGCAGGGAUAUAAUUCCCUAUUAAAGUCUAUAGGUGAAUGUUAAAAAUUCUAUGAAGAGGAGAUCACCCUCUAGGAUUCAUCCCUAUUAAUUUUUACAGGACUUUUCUUUGAGAAGAAAAAAGGGAACAUUUUAUCAGUCUUCUAGGCAGUACUUCCAAUGUUUGCGCCGACACUUUCUCAACAUUUUUGAGCCAGCAGAAGGAAUAAAUGAAGACAUGGUAUACCCAGCCAUAUGCCCUUCAAACUGAGCACCGGUUAAGGAAUGAUUCAAGAAACACAUUUAGGGCCUGCUUCAGAGAGGUGCUGGGUGCCCUCAAUACUCAUUGCAGUCAGCACGAGGCAAGGGGCUCAAAUACCCUUAGGACUGGAUAGUUAAGAUGUGAUUUCAUUUAUCAUGGAGUUUCUUACAUAUCAUCUUUUAGUGCCUUUAUAUCAAGUGUGAUCUGUUUAAAAGUCAAAGGGUGAAUUUUCCAACUGUCAGUACAGCAUACUCCACAUGGGAUAUGGAAAUCAAGGAAUGUAUUCUGACUGCCUCUUACACUAUCACUAGGAAUAAAGAUUUUGUCAUCAGAAUUUAACAGACAGGGCUGCUGAAUAGGAGGCACAAUAGAAAUCAGGUCAUUCUUCCAUGCUUGUAUUGACUCUGUGAGGGGUUAACAGGAGCAAACAUUCGGUUUUGUGAAAGUAAGUAGACUUGACUAAAAAACCCCACAGGAAGCAGAUUUUCUGGAUCAAAAUCAUUUUAAAGUCCUGAAGUGAGAGGUCUCCUGUAAAACUUACAGAUGAAGAGUGUGAUGAUGGCAGUUUUGUGUAAUGGCUGACAGAGAGGGGUGGCUAUUUCAGUCAAACCCACUAUGAUCAUUAUGAAGCCCAUUGUGGAAAUUAUUUCCAGGGAUAUGGCUGGAAGGUGAAGUACUGGGUUUACUGACAGUAGUAGCCAGACAGUAUGAUGGUCUUCAUAUGGGCGGCACUUCAGACCUUGUCACAAGAACAAUCACAUUUCUGACGUGUUCUGGGAGGUAGGGAUGUCUAUAGAAUGAACUACUGAAGAAUCAAGGUGCAAAUUCAUAUAGCAAAUUUAAAUGUAAAAAUCCUACUGGUGGAGCAGAAAGUCUUUCUAAAAUGUUUGAGGUCUGAUAGUUUAUUAUGAUAUGGAACACAGAACAGGUGACUGGCCUCCGGAAAUGUAUAACAAUCUCUCUGGCUGGUAGGCACUCAGCAUUAUUUGUUUCUCUUUUUCCUUCCCUCUGUUGGACUUCAUGAGGAAAGCUGUUCUUGUAGCACCAUGAGGUAUUAGCUGUGGCUUAAUGUGUGAUUCUUUAUGGACAGAAUUCUCAUUAGCAUUAAUCACACAAGGGUGUAACUCCUUCUCUAUCAGGAGCAGAAAAUAUACAACUAAAGCUUGUAUAGUGAGGCAAGACUGGUACUGAGGCUCUUAUGCCAUUUUAUUAUGUGCCAUUGUGGGCCAUCAUUCACUGCAGUAAAAACUUACAUCACUGGCUGCUUCUGUCUUCACUGUGGAUUAGUUGGAGGGGAAGGUCUACUUGCUAUUCAGCAUCUUAUGUUCCUGACGCCGCAUUCGUACCUUUGUGCUGAUACAGAAGUGUCCGUAACAAUAAAAACUGUGCAUUUACCAAAAAAAAUGAGUUUCUCCCAUCUCCUACCAGAUGUAUAGAACACCACAGGAAAAUGAUGCAUAAGCUGAUAUGCACGCGGGGCACCUGAAAUACAAAGGGUCUCCUCUGUCUUCCCUACCACUUGGCUGCUAUGAGGGUACGUAGUCUCCCCUUUCUCUUGACCCCCACAGGAGGGAUGAAUUUUCCCCAUUUUCUGGCUCACAGAUAGUGUCUGGUGAGGGUAUUUCUCCUUCUCCCUGCUGCACCCUUCUGGCUUUUGGUGAGAGUGAAAGAGAAUUCCAGUGGCUUCUUUCUUUCUUCCCCUGCCUAUGUAGAGUGUGGAGGAGAGCAAAGCCUCCCUAGCACCAGGGAGUUGGCUGAGGACUCCCCCUGCUUUCUGACAUGUAUAGGGCAGAGGGUGGGGUGCAUCAGACAGUGAAUGUAUCAUACUCUUAAACUCUAUUAGAGCCACUUGCUGUCGCCCUGAAGAACCACAUGCAGUCCAAGAUCCAUAGAUAGAGGACCACUGCUUUACACCACUCAGUUGGGUGCAACUAGUGUCUUGUUAGAGGCUAGGAAAAGUAAACUUGAACUGCAGUAACUAGUGACGAUAGAGUAGUUCUAUUAAUAUCCUGAGAGCACAAAAACAGAAGGGAAAUUAAACACUUUGUGAACAAUUUAUUUUAUUGUUCUGCUACCGUAGCAAAGAUUAAAGUAUUUGGGUCCAGUAAUGGAAAAGAGAGAAUAGGAUAUUUUUCAACAAGUACCUCACAAACGUGUGUUCAUUGUAGAAUAUAAAACACACCAAAGGAGGCUAACAGUCAGUUUGGUUUCUUGGCAAUGACUGUUAAUUUACAGUAACUUACAAUAGAUGACAAUAUUUAUUUCAGAUUCUUGUAAAUAAUUUUGAUUUUAAUACUAUAUUUGGAAUCCUAUGUCUCUACUUUGUGCAUUGCAUUCCAGGAGGGGUCAGUGAAUCCCCAGAACUCAGCCGGUACUCAUUACCCUCUCAAUCCAACCAACAAACCUAGAAACUCGGGCAUAAACACCAGGCUUCAUGGGCUCAGCACAGCCCAGACCCCAA